AUGCAAAAAAAGACAAUGGACAUCCCAAUCUCCAAAAUAAAACCGGCAUACCCUCUUCCCUCAACCCCAACCCAAGAAGAACCCGCAAUCCAAUCCACAAUCAACGCCCUAAACCUCUGCCCGCAUCCAGAAGGCGGCUACUUCUGCGAGACGGAUCGAGAUCCGCGUCGAGUUGCAAACCCUUACCAACAGCCAAUAAUCUCAGUCACAGACACAGACACAGACACAGACACAGAUCCCGAAUCCCGUUCCGCAAGCUCCUCAAUCCUCUACCUCCUCACACCGCAGCGUCCACUAGGCGCAUUCCACCGCAAUCAGAGUCGCACGGUGCACGUAUGGCAAAGUGGGCGGGGGCGGUACGUUGUUAUCCAUGUGGACGAGGUAAGCCGAGAUCACAGCCGGGGAUGUAGUGCCGAGAAGGCCAAGGCGCGGGUUGAGACGUUCGUUGUUGGGCCUGGUGUUGAAGUUGGGGAGAGGGUGCAGUGGGUUGUUGAAGGGGGUAAGUAUAAAGCAUCUUUUUUGUUACCGGAUGAGCCUGAGGGAGAGACUUCUUCGGGGUUGUUGAUUAGUGAGGUUGUUUUCCCAGGCUUUGAGUUUGCAGACCAUGAUUUCCUGCGCAAAGAGCAGAUGGAGGAACUCCUGACUGCUGAGGAAGUUCAGGAAUUGAGCUGGAUGCUUAAAGCCGAGCCAAACGGUCCUAGCAAGUAA